UUUUUUUCAAUCCCAGUAAAAGAGUUUGAGCAGGAACAGAGUUGUGUACAUGUAGCAGGGGGUCCGCUGCAUCUGGGGGUGACUGCUGAUUUUCAGCACGUUUAUUUUUUAUUUAUUUUUUUUCUAUUUUAUUUUCUCAUUAUUUUCCUUACUUCGAGCAAUCCAUUGCACGCGCGCGCGCGCCGAUAUAUUUGGACGUACAGAUUUUUAGUAUAGACCAUGAACAAACUCUAUGUGGGGAAUCUGAGUCCUUUGGUGACCGUGGAGGACCUGAAGCAGCUCUUCGGCGAGAGGAAGCUUCCCGUGACCGACCAGGUCUUGCUCAAAUCCGGCUAUGCCUUCGUGGACUUCCCCGACCAGAACUGGGCGAUUAAAGCCAUCGAAACUCUGUCCGGGAAAGUUGAAUUACAUGGGAAAGUGAUCGAGGUCGACUACUCUGUUCCUAAAAAACUAAGGAGUCGGAAGAUUCAGAUCCGGAACAUUCCUCCUGAUCUCCAGUGGGAGGUUUUUGACAGCCUAUUAGCACAGUAUGGUACUGUAGAAAAUGUGGAACAAGUUAAUACUGAUACAGAAACAGCAGUGGUGAAUGUGACAUAUUCAACAAAAGAAGAGGCUAAAAUAGCUGUUGAGAAGUUAACAGGACAGACCUUUGAGGAUUACUCCUUUAAAGUGUCUUAUAUUUUGGAUAUGGAUGCUGCUCCGCCUCUGCCUGCGACCCGGAAUCGUCGGGGUGGGAGGACAUCACGGGAACAGGACUCCCAGCCCGGGACCUCUGCAGGCUCCCUGGGGCCCCGACAGAAGCAGCCAGACUUCCCCCUGCGCAUGCUGGUGCCCACGCAGUUUGUGGGAGCCAUCAUUGGCAAGGAGGGGCUCACAAUCAAAAACAUCACCAAACAGACACAGUCUAAGGUGGACAUCCAUCGUAAGGAGAACGCGGGAGCGGCAGAGAAGCCGAUCUCCAUCCACUCCACUCCUGAGGGCUGCUCGGCCGCGUGCCGCAUGAUCAUGGACAUCAUGCAGAAAGAGGCUGAUGACACGAAGGUAACUGAGGAUAUUCCUCUGAAGAUCCUGGCCCACAACAGUCUGGUCGGAAGACUGAUCGGGAAGGAGGGCAGGAACCUGAAGAAGAUUGAAGAGGAUACAGAGACCAAGAUUACCAUCUCCUCUUUACAGGACUUAACUAUUUAUAACCCAGAGAGAACCAUUAUAGUGAAGGGGAGCAUCGAGGCCUGUUGUAGGGCUGAAGUGGAGAUCAUGAGAAAGCUGAGGGAAGCCUAUGAGAAUGACUUUGCUGCUAUUAACCAACAAACCAACCUUAUCCCUGGGUUAAGCCUGAGCGCACUGGGCAUCUUUUCAACCGGUUUGUCAGUAUUGCCAACAGCUGCUGGGCCCAGAGGCGUCCCACCUGUACCCCCAACUGGCUACAACCCUUUUCUUGGUCCCUCAUCACAGCUGGGUGGGAUGUACGGUGUCCCACCUGCUAGUGCCAUCUCUCACCAGCACACACAGGCUCCUGAACAGGAGGUGGUCUACCUCUUUAUUCCAACUCAGGCUGUCGGUGCUAUUAUUGGCAAGAAGGGCCAACAUAUUAAACAACUGGCACGAUUCGCAGGAGCCUCUAUUAAGAUCGCACCUGCAGAGAGUCCUGAUGUCACGCAGAGGAUGGUCAUCAUCACUGGCCCACCAGAAGCUCAGUUUAAGGCCCAGGGCAGGAUAUUUGGGAAACUGAAAGAAGAGAAUUUCUUUUCUGUGAAAGAAGAAGUGAAGCUGGAGACACAUAUAAAAGUGCCCUCUUCAGCAGCUGGGAGGGUCAUCGGGAAAGGUGGCAAAACGGUUAACGAGCUGCAGAACCUAACCAGUGCAGAGGUCAUAGUGCCACGGGACCAAACCCCAGACGAGAACGACGAGGUCUUUGUCAAAAUUAGUGGGCAUUUUUUUGCCAGCCAGACUGCACAGAGGAAAAUCAGGGAGAUCAUCCAGCAGGUGAAACAACAGGAGCAGAAGCACCAGCAAGGCGCCCCCGUGACACAACGCUCCAAGUGACCAUCAGUGCAGCCCCAGCGUGUACCUGCCAAUGAAUGUAGCCCUCCCAACUGGAAUCAGACCAGACCAGACUGGACGAAGGGGACCGGCCGGGCAGACCAGCAGCCGUGGGAUCAAAACCAAAGAACUUCUUUCUGGGGGAGAUGAAGGAGCCACGGGCAGAAGGCUCUGAGUGCACUGCCAGCUUGGGGAGGGAGGGAGGGGGGAAGGAAGCGCAAGAAGACAAGUGUUCCUUUUAUCAUUCAAACACACCCUGAGCUUGAGAAGAAUAGGUAUGGGGCGUCUGUUAUCAGGACGGGAAACAUCACAGUCACCCCACGUAAAACAAUUUCUUUAUAAACUUCAAAAUUUAGGCUUAAUCUAGGGUUAACACAGAUAUGAAGCUCCAUUAACAUGUGUACACUGAUACAUUUAAACUGAGUUGUGUUGCUGUUUUCUCGGGUAGGUAAAGUGUGGGUGUGCACUAGCAGUUGGCAACCGAUUUAUUAUUAUUCUUUUUUGUUAUUUUUUGAUGCUCAGAUUGCGAUUUCAAAGAUUCUCAGCCAUAUUCUAACCAGUACACUAGAACAAAUUUACUGUUAUAUCUCAAGCAGAAGCACGAUUCUUCUCGUUUUGCACAAGCCAUCGGGCGUGUAGUGCACAUAUGCGAUCGCCUACGCAUAUAACAUUGUUUUUCAGAUUUCUUGAUGAUGGAAAAAGAAUGGGAAAUGUAAAUGACAGAACGUAUAUUCAUAUCUUAGCCUGUUUGCAUUUUCGGGGAAACACCAUCCAGCUCAACGGAUCCUUGUUACUUAGCCUCUGCGUGCCAACGGAUGCCUAUCUUUCAUUUUUUAAGCUUUUAUCAUUGGUAGUUUUGUUCUUAUUUCUGUCCAGCUCUUACACUCCCUUUUUAGUUUUUCUGUAUUUAGUCAUUUCAUUGCCACCGCAUUCUUGUGGCGGCAGUUAUUACGAGACGGAGUAGGUAUGUGGUAGAUGUGGCUUAGGAGUCAACACCCCUUAUUUGCUUUUGGGGGUAUGAAAAGAAUAUAAAGCAAGCACCAGCGUCUGAAAGACAGCGCACCUUUACUGGCUCGGGCAGAAUGAAAUCCAAUGUGCACCAAGAAUCUGCCUUAAUCUAUGCUGAAAGGAGACGAAAAGAUGGGGUACUCAAAAUGUGAUUGAAGGGUCAGGUUGAUGUGGGACGAGGAGGCAUCUUAUGACCGGUGGUACACACAUGGCUGUGCUUGGCUUUAAAUCUCUUAGUCAGGGAGCUUUCUAAACGGCAUGACAGCUGUGAAUGUACAAUAAGCAGCCUUUUAGAAAGAGCACCACCCUGUCAUGUUCAGUAAGCUGGUCCGUCGGCAAGAUUGUUAUUGUUUUGUUUUUUUAACCAAUACUCGGGCUGUUUUGGGAAACUGAUUGACCGUUUCAACAGGACGAGCAGACAUGGGUAUCCCUUUAUUCUUUUUUUCUUAUUUUUGACCAUGGAAGCUCGUGGCCUUAAACGUCACCGGUCUAUGUCAUCACAGACAGCUCCCUCGCCCAAUGAGAGCUAAGCCUCAUCUUCCAGACGCAAGGCUUAUGCCAAUACGCACAGCUUCCAUUUGUGUGUAUGCGUGUGUGUAUAUAGAUAUAUAUAUAAUGAGAGAGAAAUAUUUAUGAAUCUAUUUUUUUUUUCCUAUUUUGUGAUGAGAGCUAUUAAUAAGAAACAAACAGAAAAAAAACAAGUCUUUUUUUGGUGGAACACUGCCAUGUUAUCCUGAAGGGAAGUGUUUGUUUUCUUGGAAGUAGACUAUGAAUAUUGGUAGUAUACUAACAGUAAGAACAGUAAUGAAUCACCGCAACACUUUGAUCAGAAUGUGAUUGGUGCGCAUGUCAGUAUUGUGAUCUACCUCAGGCGUCAGGGUACCUCAGUCCAAUCUUUUAAGUUCCCUUUUUUCCCUCCCCGCAUUUUGUAUGCCUUGUAAACUGAAAGUUUUGAAUGUUUUAUUGGUUGCACUUUAUUUUACAGUACGUGUACUAACAUGUACUUAUAGUGUACUUAUAGUGUAUUUAAGAAAGUAUCUAAGAAAGUUCUGGUAAUACAAGGUAACUACAUGGGGUAGGGUUAGGUUUAGGGGUAGGUUCAGGGUUAGUACCUAGUUAUUACAUAGUUAUUGUAAUUACUAUAAUAAGUACAUAGUAUGUACAUGAGGAACAGGACUGUAAAAUAAAGUGCUACCGUUUUAUUUUUAAUAAUAAUAAAACAGAUCAAGAUAAAAAUCUAGUAUGAAGUCUAAAGGUCCAUCUGACAGAAGAAUGGAUCUUAAAGCUUUCAAAACUGUAUGGGAAUUUAGUUUGAGGGGUACUUACCUGCCCGAAAGGGGUUCUGAAUGUGGAUACUGUGUGCUGAUGUCCAGAUCAGUGACAAAAGACUUGAAAAAGACUUUUUUAAAAAGGUUAAAAAGACUAUGAAUAUCAAGCAAGAAUGGCUUAAUUUGAAACAUUCUUCAGGAGCAACUGCGCUGUCUGAGGCGUAAGCCAGCUUUCUCUUUACAUUUUAUAAAAAUGCAUCCAAAUUCAGGAAUUACAGUCAGACCAAAUUUUUUAAUUAAGAGGUUUUUUUUUUAUCGAGGCCUUACACAAAACAAAAACAGGUUGAUAUAAAAUAAAAUAAAAAUUGAGAAAAAAAUAAUAAAAAUAAAAGAGCUCUUUUUUUCUUGAUGUGAUUCACAGAGUAAUUGUUUGGUAAAUCAUAAUUACACAAAAAUCACAAAUGCAGGUAUUAUGUCACCUCAGAUCUGCAGUGGAUCUGUUGCCUGUUGCAGUCCUUGCGUGUUACAGCUGAAACAGCAAGGCCUAUGUCAAAUCAAGACGGUAGACAGUAGAAAGUCACUAUGCUAGGUCCUAGUGUGUGUACUUGGGAUGGCUGGUUUGCUUUCAUACAGUAGCUGAACUGCAAGCUUUUCUAACCUUUGACCGUUUUUGAUAGUGGCGUGUUACUGUAGACCUGUGUAAAUCAUUUUUUACUUUCUGAAGCAACUCACCCACACUUAUCUGCAAAGAGUAGCGAAGACAUCAGGCUAGGCUAGGUUGUUGAUUUCUUGCAAUUUUUCACUCAAGAAGCUGAAUACGAUUCUUAAGGUUCUUGACUCUGUGAAGGCUUGUAGCUAGACGAGGCCGUUAUUUCCCCUGAAUGAUAGACUUUCUGCUUAAUCUCAGGUGUUUGCUCAUUGAUGGAGUUCAGGUUUGUGUAGCAGUAUGAUAACUCGGAUCACUUUGAACUGUUAUUGUAACUGUAACACACGCCACGCUGUCACUAGACACCUAUCUAAUGUUCUACAGUGGUUCUUAACUUUUCUUUAGAGUUUGUAUUUCGAGGCUUCGUCAGGUGUGCGUCAGUAUUUAACUUUACGGAAGCAUUAGUCGAUACGUGCAUUCACUAACACCACACUGUUAUAUUGUCUCUGUAGUCUGAUAAUUAAGCUGUCUCGCUAUCCAUUAUGAUAUCCUGUAACAUAACGCUAGGAAGAAUUGAGGUCGUUGCAUUAACUUUAGGCCAAAAGUCAUAGCUAAUAUAAGUUGAGCGAAUCAGGUCAGUUUAGGAUAGCUGUUGUUUGUUGUGUUGGCAUGAAAUCUCACCGUGGUCUUCUUUGGGCCUUAAAGCUUUUAGGGUGAAUGGAGACAUAAGGUAGGUGCUGUUCAAUGUUUAUUUUUUGAUAUUAGAAUAGGCCACAGGCACAGCUAUAGUUGCUCACAGUAUGGCGGCACAGUUGUAGUCGUGUUUAACUUGGGACGAGAGCAGGAAAUCAGAGCGAUGCAUGAGAAUUCAAUGCAAAUCAUAGGCUGUGAAAACUUCUUUGCGCCUUUACCACGGCAGAUCCAUUCCUACGCAGCUCUCUAGCUUCUCACGGCAGUUCAUUUUGAGCAGUGUGAAACAGAGACUGGGCUCGCUGCACUGCCUGCCGUGUCCCUUCAGCUGGAUUGUGGGUAGUUAGGUGGGUUUGGGGGACUGAGAGCUGAACUUUUUUUUUUUUUUUUUUUGGCUAACAACCAUGUUGUUUUGAAAUGUAGGUGAACUGUACUGCUGAUCAACAUGGAUUUGAGCAAUAAAAAAUUCUUUAUAAAA